AUGUCUGGGAUUUCCUUGUCUUUGCGUCAAUUGGAAAACCGGGAAUGGCUGCAUCGAAAAGUUUCACGAGAUAUCUAUGGUAGUCCAUCUUGGCUGACAAACAUUGAUUUACAGAGGGAAUUGAGUUGCCAUUCAAGUUGUAUAAAUGCAUUAAACUGGUCAGAAAAUGGAGAAUACUUAUUAUCUGGCGGCGACGAUACCCAAUUGGUUAUUUGGGAUGUGUACAAUAAUUUUGAACCGCUUAAUGUGAUAUCUACAGGACAUUUACACAAUAUCUUUAGUGUCAAAUUUCUCCCACACUCGAAUAGUCGUAAGGUGAUGUCUGCUAGUGGUGACAACCUUGUAAAGCUGUUCGAUGUCGAGCUUGGUAAUUCUUCUGAAGUCAACAAGGGUAUAGAAACGCAAUUGAGAUGCUGGAAUUGUCAUUUGGAUUCUGUGAAACGGAUUAUUCCCUGCGACGAUGGAUCCACUUUUUUGACGUGUAGCGAAGACGGGACAGUACGACAAUUUGAUAUACGGGAACCGCAUCAUUGUAGUCAGGAUCACAACUGUCCCUCUAUUUUGGUCAAUUAUAGCUCUUACCGUAUUAACCUAUAUGCCAUGUCGAUGUCAAAGUCCAAUCCAUUUUACUUUGUCGUUGGAGGUACUCAUCCUUAUGCUUUUCUGCAUGACAGAAGAAUGGUAGGAAAAGACCAAUGGAAAAAAAAUAAUUCUGGUGAUUCUUUAACACGCGACACGCGAUGUGUUCGAAAAUUUAGCCCUAACGGAACCUAUAAUUCUCAAGGAAUACUUGACCAUCAUAUUAAUUGCUGUGAAUUUGGUACCGCAAAUCCAAAUGAACUGCUGAUUAGUUGGAACUCUGAUUAUGUAUAUUUAUUUAAUAUUAACGAAGAUAAGGCGUUCGAGCCUACAUUUGAAAGGACUGAGGAUUCUCCACGGAAACUACCAGCAGCAUCAAAAGGCGCGAGAAGCUCCUUUAGACAAAACAAAAGUACACAUUGGUUUAAUGCUCCGUCUGAAGCAUCCACUCCAACGGCAAGGGUUUUGCGUAGUCCGUAUGUGACGACUCAGCCAAGACGGCAUACGUUCUACCAAAUGUAUAAAAAUAUACAAAAACUUUUUACUUCUCAAGACAACGGUCUUUAUGAAAGCGUUGCGAGCGGUUAUCAAAAUCACAUGGUCCAUUCUAUCCGUUAUGUGAAGGAUGCUAUAUAUUAUAUGGAAAACUACAAUUAUUUUAUAGAUACAACGCAUUUUAACCAUGAUAUUCGUAAUCAAAUCUUGCAUUACUGGAGGGCCUGCGUUUCAGUCCUUGUGCUCAUGGACGACAAAGCAUGUUUAGAAUCAAAUACAAUAAUACAAGCUGGUUGGGGAUGGAUUUAUGAUUUUAUGAACUGGGUCAUACGCUAUCUCUUGGGAAUAAGUGACCAUUGGGCUUUACAAAUGUCUUCUCCCCCAAACGAGGCUCGUCAGAAUUUUGUUUUACGCGAUCCUGACGAACACGAGCGUGUUUUAUUUUGGAGCGCAUCGGAAAUGAUACGAGGCUUUGCAAGGAUCGAUACCAACGAUUUAUCUUCAGUUAGGAAAUUUUUUUGGAUACAUAAAGUCCUUCGUGGCUGUCUGGAUCUAAUAUCCGCCGAUAUUAAUUGGGGUCUACUACAGCCAUGGGAUCGGGACGAGCCUGAAGAAGCAAACAAUAUAUCAAGUAUUGAUGAUUCUUCCUACUCUGAAUCAGAACACUCCAUGUCGCAUGGGGAGGAAACGGAUACUUAUGAUGACGCAUCUGAGCCUGAGAAUCAAAGUUUAGAUUCAGGUUACACGGAAAUGGAAAUAGAGGAUGAAUUUAAUAAUAAUAACGGUGACGAUUUGGAAGAUGAGGAUUAUACAUACGUUAGCGAAAACACUGAGGAGAGUGAGGAGGAGUCAGACGAAGGCCCAAGUUUACUUUCACUUCGAUCGAAAAAGAGAAAAUCCGUUGAACCGAAUGUUCCUAUUCAAACCCAUGUUAAAAGUUAUUAUGGUCAUUGCAAUGUCGAGACGGUCAAAGAUGUUAAUUUUUUUGGAUUAAAUGAUGAAUAUGUCAUGAGCGGUUCUGAUGAUGGAAAGUUUUUUAUUUGGGAUAAAGAGUCAACCUCAAUACUUGCUAUUAUACAAGGAGAUAGUGAAGUGGUGAAUGUUUUAGAAGGGCAUCCAAUCUUCCCCACGAUCGCAGUAUCUGGAAUUGAUUCGACCAUUAAGAUAUUCAGUACAGAAAACAAUCCAGCGUUGGGUGGAUCACGAAACCAAACUUCAAAUAGCUACAAGAUUAUCGCGGCAAAUGAAAUGAAUCGCGAGCAAGGGUCUCGAGAUUCGUAUAUAACAAGCAGGAUGCUCUCUCAUCUAGCUUACCGUGCCCACAUGGAUGAUGGCUUUGGAAAUGAGGUAUUAGACACGAAUGCUUGUACAAUUAUGUAA